UAGACUUUAAUAAAAUAAAGAAGUUAGACUUUCCUAAUAACUUCAUUCGAUUAAUAAUUAGAUAAGGAAAUCUAAAAAUGCUGUAAAAGAUAAAAGCUCUGUACCUCAAGCAACAAAUAAUAUAUAUAUUAAAGUCCUUUAAGGGUCUAAGGUGGAAAUAUUAUAUUCCAGAUAAAGUAAUAAAAAUAAAUGAGAGGAAAAAGCAAAAAAAAAAAAAAAAUUUCAGAAAGUCUAAACUUUGUCUCUGAUCCCUCUUGAAACAUUACAAACAAUUCUACUUGAAACAAUAGAUGAAUGAGUGAUUAACUUUAGUACAAAGUUUAUCUAAAAAAAUAAAAAUAAUUCUAUACUUUAAAUAUACAUUUACAUUAAAAUAUCUGUACAAUCACCAGUCCUUUGUCCCACCAAAUGUCCUGAUUCUACCGCCCCUGAUUUGUCAUGUACAGUAUAUAUAUUAUAUUUGGCGCCUUUCAAAGCCUUUUUUUAAAGCAGCUUUGAGUCUUUCAGCUGGAACAGUAACCUAGUCACCAUGCAGCGAAGUUACGCCUAUUUCACUUCCUUUCUGCUUUAUUUCUGUCCCUCAGUGUUUGUGAGCAGAACAAUAAACCUUAUGAUGCUGCUCCGAUAAGAGGAAAUACUGAGUCAGUGACAAGAAACAGUGUUUUUAACUGUUGCUGCACAGUAGAACUUCACAUCAACAUGGAGCUCAAACCGAGUACGGGUAGUUUUUCUUGGAUUUGACCGUCAAACCGUUUUCAUCUAUGGCCAAUCUGGGAAGAACUAACAAAAUCCUGCUGGAACUUAUACAGCAGCCGGGAAACAACAAGUGUGCCGACUGUUCUGCUCCUGAGCCGGACUGGGCAUCGUACACUCUGGGGGUCUUUGUGUGCCUGAACUGUUCUGGAAUGCACCGAAAUUUGCCCGCCGUCAGCAAAGUCAAAUCCAUACGGCUGGAUUACUGGGACAGUUCUCUGGUGGAGUUCAUGCAAAAGAGAGGAAAUUCUGAAGCCAAAGCCAUUUUUGAGAAGUGCGUCCCGGCAUUUUUUUACAAGCCGCAGCAAAAGGACUGCCUUGUUCUGAAGGAUCAGUGGAUCCGGGCGAAGUAUGAAAGGAGGGAAUUCACCGGAGAGAGCAACAAGUUUCUGCAAAUUUACACUUCUGAACAGUUUGAGUCCACUCUCUGGAAGAAAGGCAGAGACAACAAGCAGUUUUUCAAGAGGAACUUCCUGCUGUCACAGCGAGAUUUCACCCUGAAGUACUUCAUCAAAGAAGAUUCCAAGGUUCCCAAAGCUGUCAUCAGCAUGAAGGAUCUGAACGUAGAUUUCCAGCCAGAGAAGAUCGGACACCCUCACGGUUUGCAGAUUUCCUACCCGGAAGACGAACGCACCAGGAACCUCUUUGUUUAUCACGACGACGGGCAGGCAGUUGUGACUUUCUUUAAUGCUAUCCGGGCGACGCGCUUGGCAUACCUCCUGAAGAAACACCAGACGCUGAGAAACAGCGAAUUGGUGCCUUAUUUAACGUCACAAAGUCUGAAGGAGGGCUACAUGGAGAAGACGGGCCCAACUAAACGGGAGCCUUUCAAGAAGAGAUGGUUCUCUCUGUGCUUGAUGAACAGAAAACUUCUGUAUUUUAAAUCUCCACUGGACGCCACUGAGCGGGGCGCCGUAUUCAUUGGCACAGAGAGCCACGGAUACUCUGUGUCGGAGAGCAGCGGACAGUGCACGAGAGGAGGGCGGUGGCGCUGCGGGAUCACCCUGGAGACUCCGGAAAGGCAGUUUGUCUUCAUGUGUGAACAGGAAUCAGAGCAGAGGGAGUGGACGGACGCUCUAAGAAAGAUCAUUUCUCAACCCAUGACUCCAGAGGACUAUGCCAAUGAAGCCACUUUGAGGCGAGGAAAAUAACUGGACCACAAGUCACUGCAGAAGUUUCUAAGAAGGCUUCUUCUUAGCAGGAUCUUUGCACAUCUGCAGGCAGAAUCUCCCACAUAUGAUACUGUUUUAUCAGUGUCAACUCUUAAAAGCCUUGCUGUGCAUAAACAUUAUGUAUAAAAUGACAUUUAUUUAUUGAAGUUUAAAUUUUGCAUUUAAUGUUGAUUAUUAUUUUUCAUAUUUUGUGUUUUUGUAGUUUGCACAUUUUCACAAUGUACUUUAAAAGUGUAAUUAUCACAUUUGUUUGCUUUAGUCACUGUUACUUUAUAAAA